AACUCUGGUCUGGUACAAACAGGACACCAGCAGAAGACUACAACUGAUGGCUUCAGUAAUUAACAAUAAAAGGAAAAGUAUAUACACUGAAGAUCGUUACUCUGUGCUCGAUUCUGAAGUUAAUAGUACUUUGAGUGUAUCAAAUGUGAUCUGGGAGGAUGCCGGCACGUACUACUGUGGAGUCAUAAACGAGUACGAUGUCACUUUUGGACCAGGGACUGUGGUGGUGGUUGAAGGAAAGUCCAGACCUCCACCUUCACUCCUGCCGUCUGUUCCUCCUUUACUCCUGCCGUCUGUUCCUCCUUCACUCCUGCCGUCUGUGCUCCAGAGUCCAGACUACAUCAGAGUGCAGCCAGGAGACUCUGUGACCCUCAGCUGUUCAUUUAACACCAGCCUCUGUCCACAAGAACAUACCAGUUUCCAGUGGAAGAAAAAGAGUUCUACUUCAGAAAUCAUUUUAUGGAGCAGUGGAACCAAGAAUAUCAUCUGUGAGAACCAAGUCAGCACUGGAGAAACUUCAUGUGUUCAUAACCUGACCCUGAAUUGGAAGGACCUGAGUUCUGCUGAAGAUGAGACCUAUGUCUGUGUGGUGACGGCUUGUGGACACACACUGCAGGGCACUGGGACCAGGAUUUAUCUGCACAACAUCAUAACAUAUUCCUUCAGUCCAAAUGUCAUGGCUGUGAUUGGGUCAAACAUUGUGGUUGGACUGGUGGUGUUUGUGCUUCUGUGGGGGAUUUGGAGAAGCAGCAAUAAGUCAGAAGUGGACUCUUAUGACCGAAGAUCUUCUGACAACAGUGAGUUUCAGGAUGACGACACCCUCACAUGUGCAGAGGAGAGUUUGGUCUCUUCUUGCCGACUGACAACAAUGAAACACAGACGAGACCCCGACAUUUACUCUCAAGUGUGGUACUGUCACCGUGAAUGAAGUCGGAUCAAAUGCCAAGCAAACUUUUACUUGUAACAUUUUAUAUUCACAAAUAAUACUGAAGAGAAAUGUGUACGAUGCCGAUUCAAACAACCAAUUUGUGCAUUGUGUUGUAAAAUAAACUACAUUCAGUAA